AUGCCGCGAAAUUCGAUUUUUGCCACUUUUUUGGCGUUUUUUGUGAUUAUGACAAUGUUCUUGGUUGAUGUAGAGGCAGCUACCCGGGCACCAAAGUUCUCCAAAACGACGAAGAAAGCCGUCAACAAGCUGGUGAACUGCCUAACUCCAGUGGACACCGUAUUGGCAGCGAAAACGGCGGACUGUCAGGAUUCAAUGUGUGUUUCGAGUGCAAAACAAUACGCACAAAGAAGAUAUCCAGUACAGUACCAGAGUACGGUAGUUCCGUGUAUGUCAUCGACAACUACACUGGCACCGGUUACGGAGAAAAUGAAGAGAGGAGGAGGAAGUAAUAAGAUGAUGAGACUUCAAGGUGUCGUUGCUGGAUAA